GCCCCGCGCCGGCUCCUCCCCCGGCGCCGCGGGCCGCCCGGGAUCAGUUGCCGCGCGCGGUUCCGCAGGUGGCAGCGAUGGCCCGGUCCUGAGCGCCCCCUGCCAUGGCCGGCGCCCCCAGCCCGCUCUGCCUGGCCCUGCUGCUGCUCGGGGCGGUGGGCAGGGCCGGCCCCCGCCCCCAGGGUGCCACUGUGUCCCUCUCAGAGACAGUGCAGAAAUGGCGAGAAUACCGACACCAGUGCCAACGCUUCCUGACUGAGGCUCCACCCCCAGCCACAGGCCUGUUUUGCAAUCGGACCUUCGAUGAGUAUGCCUGCUGGCCAGACGGGCUGCCGGACUCCUUCGUGAAUGUCAGCUGCCCCUGGUACCUGCCCUGGGCCAGCAGUGUGCUGCAGGGCCACGUGUACCGGUUCUGUACAGCCGAGGGCCUGUGGCUGCGCCAGGACAACUCCAGCCUGCCCUGGAGGAACCUGUCUGAGUGCGAGGAGUCCAAGCGAGGGGAGAGAAGCUCCCCAGAGGAGCAGCUCCUGUCCUUUUCCAUCAUCUACACGGUGGGCUACACACUCUCCUUCUCCGCUCUGGUCAUCGCCUCGGCCAUCCUCCUGAGCUUCAGACACCUGCACUGCACCCGGAAUUACAUCCACUUGAACCUGUUUGCGUCCUUCAUCCUCCGAGCGCUGUCCGUCUUCAUCAGGGACGCGGUCCUCAAGUGGAUGUACAGCACAGCCCCCCAGCAGCACCAAUGGGAUGGGCUCCUCUCCUACCAGGAUUCUCUGGGCUGCCGCCUGGUGUUCCUGCUCAUGCAGUACUGCGUGGCGGCCAAUUACUACUGGCUCCUGGUGGAGGGCGUGUACCUGUACACGCUGCUGGCCUUCUCAGUCUUCUCCGAGCAGCGCAUCUUCAGGCUCUAUCUGAGCAUAGGCUGGGGUGUCCCCCUGCUGUUUGUUAUCCCUUGGGGCAUUGUCAAGUACCUCUAUGAGGAUGAAGGCUGCUGGACCAGGAACUCAAACAUGAAUUACUGGCUCAUUAUCCGGCUGCCCAUUCUCUUUGCCAUUGGGGUGAACUUCCUCAUCUUUGUCCGGGUCAUCUGCAUUGUGGUGUCCAAACUGAAAGCCAAUCUCAUGUGCAAGACGGACAUCAAGUGCAGACUUGCCAAGUCCACACUGACGCUCAUCCCCCUGCUGGGAACCCAUGAGGUCGUCUUUGCCUUUGUGAUGGAUGAACAUGCACGGGGGACGCUGCGCUUCAUCAAGCUGUUCACAGAGCUCUCCUUCACCUCCUUCCAGGGGCUGAUGGUGGCCAUCUUGUACUGCUUUGUCAACAAUGAGGUCCAGAUGGAGUUUCGGAGGAGCUGGGAGCGCUGGCGGCUCAAGCACUUGCACAUCCAGAGGGACAGCAGCAUGAAGCCCCUCAAGUGUCCCACCAGUAGCCUGACCAGCGGGGGCACGGUGGGCAGCAGUGUGUAUGCAGCCUCCUGCCAGGCCUCCUGCAGCUAAGCCCCCCAGCCCCUACCCUUCCUGUGGUCUCGCUGCUGGCUGGGUGGCCACCCCAGGUGGGAGAGACCCUGCCGGGGCUGGGGAAGGGAGGGACGCACGCACACACCCAUUCCUGCUUUCCCUUCCCAAACCCAUCAGGCAGGCAAUGGGCAGUGCCUCCUGGGACUACAUUUCCUCUGUGGAGAAACAGCCUACUAAUUUGAUCACUAUGGCAGGAGAGAAAAAGUGUUGCUAAAAUGAGGAGGAUUUCUUCCCGUUAAGCCACUAGGUCCCUGGGGUUCCCCAAGACAGAGCAGCAAAUCAGCCCCAGACUUGCACUCAAGGUCAGUGGCUUAUUAGUGGGAUUGUGCUUGCAAGAGGAGGUGGUUCUGAAAGAGGCUCACAUAACCUCAGCCAAGCAGAGCUUAGGGAACGUGAGCCAAGUCUGCUGGCCUCCAGUUAGGUCACCAGUUCCACCCCCCACUGCCUCCUCAUUAAGGGACACUGUUCACAUUGCUUGUUCAUCUCGCUCCCUCAUCUCGCCACCUCGCCUUUGGGGGCCUUUGGUUGGGCCACCGGCAGCUGUUUCUAGAAGUGUUGACAAUGAACACUGAGAAGGUGCCUGAUGGUUUCCUUCGCUGGUGCCCACUUCCCCCGUGGGUGUUUGACCUGCUUUGGUGGCUGUUCCCACUAUGUCCAGGGAACCGGGGCAAGUCCACUGCUGAGGAGCCCAGCUCUUGGCAUGAACUCUGAAUUCUAUUCUAGAGUUGCUCCAGAAUCCUCUAGGGCUCAACUAGGGAACUUUAGGAAUAUUUGCACUGGGGGCUACAGUGUACCUGCAACUGUCGGGAACCCAGAAGGCCGAGAGCUUUACUUCCACCUCUCCAUGGAAAUGCUUUUUAUUUGUGACCAGACUAUGGGAGUUUGGGGGUGCCCUCUAACUUUAAGAGAUGUGACCAAAAAGAGACUUCUGGGGAAACUACCUGUCGCCACUGUUACCAUGGAGGCAGUCUUCCCCUAUCCUUGGUUUCUUCUCCUUGAAAUUCUCCCACUUGGAAGCCUGUAUAGAUACUUAAUGCAUUUUUCUUUAUUGCUGUGAAUAGUCUGCAUGUGCAAGUGUGCAAUUCUGACUCCUCCCACCUGAUGGAAAAAAGAACUAAAUCAUUGUGAUUGUGAUAAUUUUUGGGGGGAGUGGGGUAGUUGAUUUGACUCACCCACAUUUUGAGGUAAUCAAUGUUUUCCCUGCCUCUAGUUUGAUCCCAUAAAUAAUGACCAGCAGACAGGCUAGAGAGGAGAAACCUAUCAGUCCUGCCCCAGCCAUGGUGAGAGGGCAGACCUGUAGCAGCACCACGGAGACCCAGACAAAAGGGAAACAGCCAUCCAAGGGAGUUUGUGGAUGCAAAGGAAGUUUCCAGAGCAGGAGAAAACUCUUAGGAGUCCCGACCUCCUGGGAAGGCAGAGAGAGAAGCUUCGGAUGAAUUCCUUUAUGAGUCCAUCUCUCCCUCCUUCCCCUUUUUAAGUGGUGGGGGACCCUCCCCAAAGCCUUGCACCAGACAUAUUUUCCUGUGCCUCUCAGAGAGCCAUGUGAUGUACGGGGAAAAUAAUAAUGGGACAUAAAACACAUCAAGCAGAAAAUUUCUUAUACUUCAGCUUCAGUGAAGUGUUGUGUCUAUGUUAAUGGGGAAGUUGAACCUCAGGCUAAAGAUGAAUUGUGCAGACUGGCUCCUGGAGAAAAUGUAGAGAAGUGGGGGACGGGAGCACCCCUGCUUCCCCAGAAUAAGGGAAGAUUUUCCAACAGGCACCACUCCUUGGCUUUGUUUUUGGAGUGGGUAGAGGGGAGAUGAGCACUGGUGAAUUGAUGUGGGGUAUGGCUCUGGCACAAGUGUUUCAGUUCUGGGUAAACUAGAAGAUUUUGAGAAUCAUUAAUACACUGCACAACAACAAAAAAAGAGCCAGAUUGAUAAAACCUGAGAGAAAUAAAUUGUUAAGGGGAGAAAUUGUAGGGAGAAAGUAUUUAGUUAGGCACCAGGGAAGCUCAGAUAGUUUGGUUUAAACUGUAAAUAGAGUUCUUUUCCCAACUGGUACUGGUGUUUCCUGAUUUCAAAAGGCUCCUCAAACCCCAUGCUCCAAGCCUUGUAACACUGAGGAACUGUUUCCUUUGUAGAUACAUAUUAGAUACUGAAGGAGUAUCUUCUUUGCUCCAAGACCCACACUAUUAAUAUUCAUUUGAUUGGCAGUGAACUCCCUCUAAACAAUUUUUGAGCUCUCCUAAGCCAAAUAUAUCUCUAAUAGAGCUGGGAACUAUCACAUGCAGUGUACUCCCAAAUUCCACCAGCUGUUUACAUGCAUGUUGCCAUAAGUGUGGAGCUUUUGUUCUGCACACUCUUAUCUGCCUCUGUCCUGGGGGUACUAUAGCUGACUGGCGGGGGUUGGGGGGGGGGGGGUGAUGUGUGUAUCAGCUGUGCAGCCAGCAAGGUCUGAGGACUUUGGUAAAUAGAGACUGGGUUCAGCACUCUGGUCAGCUCCACUUCUUAGUGGCUGACAUCAUGACAACUCCUCUUGACUACAUCAACCUUUAGAACAGCUAAAUCCAGAACUGAAACAAACUGCUGACAUCGCAAAGUUGCCUUCAAGAUGACUUUCCAGAUUGCCCGUGUGAUUUUCAAUUGCCUCAAUACAAUUCCCGCUGAAGCCCACACCAGUGGAGCUCUUGAAGACUCAGAGCAGGGAAAGACCCUGGGCAUCUCCCCUAUCCUGACCUAGAGGAGGGAGGUUUGCAAACAUGACUUGCUAGGCGGUCCUGGGCUGGGUCUCCGAGUGUAAUGAGACCUCUGGGAGGGAUAGGUAAGAAAUACAAAAGAGCCAUUCAAGAUACUCUUAGUAAAAGCUGGCAAUGUUUAUCUGGAGUUUCUGUUAAAAAAGAAAUACAACAGCAAAAGUAGACAAAUCAGCCAGUGAAGAUGCCGUCUCCUCAGUGACUUAGCCUGAGAGGAGCGGAAGGCUGUGCUUUACUAUCUCUACUGUAGUACCUCACUCAUCCUUGUCUUAAAAUUAAGAAAUUGAAAUGCAUCAGAGCACACAUAUACAUAGAAACAGCAAGCGAGCCACUUUGAAUAGCAAAUCCAGUGCCCUUUUAAUGGGUUGGCUUAAUGGUUUCCUGAUGCAUCUGUGCUUAUUUGACAAGUUGUUCUGUUGGCCGCACAGAGUUAACUAAAAGAAGUGGAAAAAGGUCCUAAGCCUCCCCCUUUGGCUCUCUCAUCUCCCUGAAGUUGGAGAAGACUAGCAAACUGGGCAGCUUUAGCCUAGCAAAGAUGGCACAGCCACCACCAAGGGCAAAUAGAGUCAGUUCACAUUUACCCCCGAAAGGCUCAAUCUCAUCAGUGUGGGCCAUGUUUCAGCAGCUUCUGUCUCCAUCCAUAAGGAAAGAACACUGUGUGUGUGUGUGUGUGUGUGUGUGUGUGUAUCCUGUGCAUAGCAGCAUAAAGUUAGGAGAUGAUGAAUCCAGAAUCGUCCCACCCACUGUGAAGGUCAUGGGACCGCACAGCCCAGGGCGAAGAUAGGCGGGGGCCUGAGCUGUAGAUGCUUCCUCUCCAUGCGCAGACAGGGUUCCCAUUAUUGCUAAUGCCUGCGACGUGCUCAGGGAAGGUAAAAUAUAUUCCAAAGGUUUAUUUUCCCUUCACUGAAUUGAUUCUAAUCUACAGUGCUGACCCUGCUUUUGGCUCCUAUGAGGAGCCAAACUAUGAAAACCCUCAAAUGAAAUAUGCCUGCUUCCUCUGCUAAGACAGCUAUGUGAAUGACAUACUAAGUACUCACCAGAAACCAAAUGAAUAUCAACUCAAGCUUUUUUCCUUUUUGUUGCUGGAGUUUUGGGGGGGGGGGGGAGAAAAUGUGGGAAACUUCCCCAGACAACAUUGUCAUGCCCCUACAGUGUUAGCUGCUGGCUCAAACCAGCUCUCUGGCCGCGCCUGGAGGGCCAUAUCAGGAAGUGUUGUUAAGCAGUGUAAUUCAAACAAUGCCACAGUGUGUCUGCAGUAUCUAUAAUUACUUCUGCUCUGUCAAUGGAUACAGAUUGGCAGGAAGCAGAUAAGCAUAACUGUUUUCCCAUUAAUGACCCAAAUCUCUUGGACUUCACCUACAUCUGAAUCUAUCAGAGGGGAGAGUUUUCUCUUCUCCCCUUUGGCCAUUUUAAGCCAGUUUCUCAGGACCUUAUCCAGUGGUGCAUUUUUUUCUCUGAUGCACCCAAGCUCCUCCCCAUCUCCACACUACCUCCCCCACCCCUGCCACCCCACACUACCUCCUCCCCCACCCCUGCCACCCCACACUACCUCCUCCCCCACCCCUGCCAGCCCUAUAAUGAACUUCCCCACACUCCUCCCCCAACUAGCUAUGCUAGGAAUGCUGUUCUCUCAGCUGUGACCAAUUUGGGGGUACAGCUGAGAGUGAGGCACUGCCAGGGCUGAAAUGAUGCACCACAUUCCAUACUCUGGCACAGCGAGGAGCAUUGCAGCCAGGGGCUUCGAUCCUAGCUUACACUGGGGCUCUGCAACCUUUCUGAUGAGGCCUGUCAAAACUAUCAGUAAUUAGUCAACCCAGACAAUCGAGCAUGACUAAUUGCCACUGUGUCAAAGCAAUCCGGGAGAAGGAAAACAUAUAUAAAUGAGAAUGUUUGAAUGUGGUGAACAAAAACUCCCAGCAAAGUUUGGAACAUAUAAUAAGUUAGGGUCUUGGCUUCCUUGCAAGGGAGCAAGAUCCGCCCCAGACCCAUAGGGCUGGACCUUGCCAAAUGGUCCACACUUCACAUCCAAAUCUGCAAUUUGAAGCUCCUCCCAGUAAAAGUGAUCACAUCCUCAAAGCAGAUAAACUUCCACAUCCCCUUGGUUUUGGAGGGGAUUUGAUGCAGAGCUUUAAAUGCGAGAAGAGAGAGGGGAGUCAGGCUCUCAGGAGGGACAAAGCUGGGUUUCUGUCUUCAGUGCUCUUGGGGGAUGUUUGCUCCUCAUGAAUGUUUAAACAAGAUAAUUUUCAUGCAACUUCCUAAUGUAUAAAUUCAUAUAAAAUACACCCUGCAUGUAUAGGUAGCAAACGUGUAUGGUGUUAUAAUUCCUUACACAGAUGUGAAACGGAUACAGGCUCUUCCCUAAUUUGCCUUGUAAACGUCAAAUAAAGGCCUGUCAUUACUGUG